UUUUCAGCAGCCACCAGCGACAUCAACACCAACCCACGACGCCGCCGUCAAGAUGAAGUACAUCCACUCCGAGGAACUUCUCGAGAUCCCCGAGGGGGUCAAGGUCGCCAUCAAGACCAGGAAUGUCGUUGUUGAGGGUCCCCGAGGCAAACUGACCAAGUCGUUGGGUCACUUGGCUGUCUCCUUCACACACCCUAAGAAGAACCUCAUCAAGAUCGAGCUCCACCACGGCUCGCGCAAGAGCGUCGCCACCCUCCGUACCGUCCGCACUCUCAUCAACAACCUGAUCAUCGGUGUCACCAAGGGCUUCAAGUACAAGAUGCGAUACGUCUACGCCCAUUUCCCCAUCAACGUCAACGUUGAGAAGAACAAGGAAACCGACUGCUUCGAGGUUGAGAUCCGAAACUUCAUUGGCGAGAAGAUCGUCCGAAGGGUCAACAUGAGGCCCGGUGUCCACGUCGAGGCCUCCAAGAACGUCAAGGACGAGCUCCAGCUCUCCGGAAACAGCAUCGAGGACGUCUCCCAGAGUGCCGCCGACAUCCAGCAGAUCUGCCGUGUUCGCAACAAGGAUAUCCGAAAGUUCUUGGACGGUCUCUACGUUUCGGAGCGGGGCAACAUUGUUGAGGACGCAUAAGCGGGUCAUGAGGGUACGGGUUUCUUUACGGGCAUAUGAGCUUUCCUGCAUUCGGGUGUGCAAACAGGCGCCAUUGGGGACAUAGCUCAAAAUCAUGUUCAACGAACAAAAACUUGAUACCAGCUAUCGCACGCCGUACGGCUGUGACUGAACGAUGCAUGCAGCUACGUUUACCUCUCGUGAAGCCAGGACCUUGGCAGCGUAAAACGAAUGCAGUCUAAAUGUCCGGAGUUUGGGCCAUCCUUCUAUUGUUCCCAUUUGCUCUUCUUCUUGUCUACGAACAUACUUGGCACCUCCCAAGAUCUAUAGCGUUUUCUUAAUCACUAUAUGUACAGUGCCACUCUGAGCAAUCCUCUCGAAAGCGCGGAACUAGUGACACGGUC